AGAAAGAUGUGCCCUCUGUCAUUGAGGGUUGCAGAGGGUGGCGAUUGAUUGGAGAGCUUAGGUGCAGUGAAGUCAGAGCAUGAGUUCCAAGUCCAAAACCGUGGGGAUUAUCGGCGCUCCCUUCUCUAAGGGACAGCCACGAGGCGGGGUGGAAGGCGGCCCUGCAGCAUUGCGGAAGGCUGGUCUGCUGGAGAAACUUAAAGAACAAGAAUGUGAUGUGAAAGAUUAUGGGGACCUGGCUUUCGAUGACAUCCCCAAUGACAGUCCCUUUCAAAUUGUGAAGAAUCCACGGUCUGUGGGAAAAGCAACCGAGAAGCUGGCCAGCAAGGUGGCAGAAGUCAAGCAGAAUGGAAGGGUCAGCCUGGUGCUGGGCGGAGACCACAGUCUGGCGAUCGGAAGCAUCUCUGGCCAUGCCAGGGUCCACCCGGAUCUCAGGGUCAUUUGGGUGGAUGCUCACACUGACAUCAACACUCCGCUGACGACCACAAGUGGGAACUUGCAUGGACAGCCUGUGUCUUUCCUCCUGAAGGAACUGAAAGGAAAGAUCCCUGAACUGCCAGGAUUCUCCUGGGUGACUCCCUGCAUUUCUGCCAAGGAUAUUGUGUAUAUUGGCUUGAGAGACGUGGACCCUGGGGAACACUACAUUGUGAAAACUCUAGGUAUCAAAUACUUUUCAAUGACGGAAGUGGAUAAACUGGGAAUUGGCAAGGUGAUGGAGGAAACACUCAGCUACUUACUAGGAAGAAAGAAAAGACCAAUUCAUCUGAGUUUUGAUGUUGAUGGACUGGACCCGUCUUUAACACCAGCUACUGGCACACCAGUCCUCGGAGGUCUGUCUUACAGAGAAGGUCUCUAUAUCACAGAAGAAAUUUACAAAACAGGGCUGCUCUCAGGAUUAGAUAUAAUGGAAGUGAACCCAUCUCUGGGGAAGACACCAGAAGAAGUAACUCGAACCGUGAACACAGCAGUAGCAGUAACCUUGGCUUGUUUUGGAGUUGCCCGAGAGGGUAGCCAUAAGCCUAUUGACUACCUUAACCCACCCAAAUAAAUGUGCAAACAUUAUAUGAAAAUCUCAGAGGUAAUUACAUAAUUAGCCAAUCUAAUAAUUUACUUAAGCCUAUUAUUACCCUCCAAGAGAUUUAUUUUAGAAAAAUAUUUUUCCUGUUAGUAUUAACUCUGAUUCCCUCUUGGUGCGAAAUUCACGAUUCGAAAUUUAUAACUUUUGGGAAAUUAAAGAGUGUCCUUUCUAUUUUGGCAAAGGACUUGUCCUUAGAAAUAAUAGCAUGUAUUAAUUUCCAAUUAAAAAUUUGCUGGCAUUAAAAAUAAACCUACACUAAAAUAAGCCCUCAUCCAUAGAGUGAGAGUCCUGGUAAUGCAUCAGGAGACAGAGUUAACCCAUCUGCAAAGGUUAUGAUGUGCUGUGUCCAUGUUGAACAAAAGAUGUGAUGUUUAUAAUAAACUCUUUGUAAGAUUA